AUGGGGAGUUGUGAGAUAACGGCGGAUCGAGCGGAUUCGGCAAGAACAAGACGAGGGUCGUGGAUCUCAGGACUAAAGAAGUAUUUGGUUGGAGAGAACCGAGAUCUGACACAAGAAGAUGCUAAGGUGUUGAGAUCUUUUGCCAUGAACUAUGAGGUGGAUCAACGCUUCAGUAAGACAUUUCGCAUCACUAUCACACGAGUCGGCAAGGUGGUCAUCAAGGAAUCGGUCAAACCUAUGAUUGGAUCCGCGAUCACUCCCACUGGAGAGGGUUGUAUAAGAGCGUACAGCGAUAUAUUGAAGAGUGUGUCGAUUAUGAAACGGGGCAAAGGACGACCUCGGAUUCAGGGUGAGUCACCUUGUACCCUUCAGGCAACAUACCUGCUCCAGGUCAUUGCAAUGGAUCACAUACCUUCAUCCGUUAAUGGCAACUCAGAACUGUUGAUCUGCGUGGAUCUAUUCUCUGAAUAUGUGAUCACCAAGGCCAGUGCCGCUACCCCUUCUCAAACAAUCGCUGAAAUUUACGAAGAAUGCGUUUCCCGCAGAGUUGGUGCGAGCGAAGUGAUCCGUCAUUAUCGAGAGCCAGGUUUUAUGUCUGACUUCUUUAAGUCUUUCAACAAGAUCCUGGGUCAACGCCAACGUUCCACUAUGGCUUAUCGACCCCUAUCUAAUAGAUAUGCAGAGCGUAUGGUCCAGACGACCACCUCUUCUUAG